CUCCUCCACGUGAGGUUUCCCGCCCCGGGUGUUGUGGGACGUGACGUGACACCAGGAAGAAGGCCCUCAGGUCUCCUCCCCGCUCCGCUCCGUGCAUCUGGUGAUGACACGUCCUCGCCGCCCGGCACCAGGAUACUGCUUACGGAUCGGUGGAGCAGGGACGGUACACCUCACGUAGCCCGGUACCAUCAUGGCGGACCUGCUCAUAAACGUGGACUUGUCCUCUGACCGCUCAGAAGGAAAAGCCAAACAUGAAAAUCGGAAGCACAAGAAGUUUUUGAGGAGGAGGAAGUUUCUGGAAAGACGCGGUUUCCUGAACCAGAAGCAGCUGCCCAACAAGUUACCGGGCAAGGACCCGGGGCAGGCUGGAAAUCCGCGGGACCACAAUAAGCAAAACGGGCAGGCGGACGGUAAAAACGGAGCCCGUGAUAGGACGGGGAGGCAAACUAAUGUGUUCCACCAGCAGGGGGCACCAGAUACAUCGUCCCGGACUGUAUCUAUGGGCACAGCGCAUCAGUCUAGCACGUUGAGCGUCAGUAUAAGCUGUGCCCCCAGUCACCACCGUCCUGCCACCCCCUCCAAGGGCCACAAUACUACCGCAACAGAUGGCGCCAAAAAACCCGCAAAGCCCAUGUUGCAGCAGUUGAACCUGCUCAGCGAGUAUGAGAGCUGCCUCCCCCCGGCUGUGUCGACGCCAAGCUACAAAAUGGUCGCCAUUGACUGUGAAAUGGUGGGCACCGGGCAGAAGGGACGGAACAGCGCCCUGGCGCGGUGCAGCAUUGUGAAUUACCAGGGAGACGUGGUAUACGACAAGUACAUAAAGCCCCCCUGUCCUGUCACGGACUACCGGACCAGGUGGAGCGGGAUUCGGAGGGCGCAUUUGGUAAACGCCAUCCCCUUCCCCGCGGCGCAGAAAGAGAUCUUAAAGCUGCUCCAUGGUAAGAUCGUCAUCGGCCACGCCAUCCAAAACGACUACAAGGCCCUGGGCUACUUCCACCCUAAGGAGAUGACGCGAGACACAUCUAAGAUCCCCCAUCUGAACCGCAAGGCUGGCUUCCCGGAGAACGAACCGGCGUCUUUGAAGCGUCUUGCCAAACAGAUCCUUAACAAAAAAAUCCAGAUGGGAAGGAGCGGCCAUUCCUCAGUAGAAGACGCCAAGACCACGAUGGAACUGUACCGGGUCAUAGAGGCGGAGUACGAGAUGCAGCUGGCGGCAGGCACAGUCCCCCAAUGACCGGACCUCCCCCCGGGGACUACAAGUUUUAUCCUAGCUGAAAAGUGUUUUAUAUAAAGCCCGGAUGUAUGCAAAUAAAAUCAGACUGCUGCCUUACCGCUA